AUCGUGUUCUCGUAGGCGCCCCGGUGAAGGCAUGGCGACCCGCACCCCGCAGAAAAGGAGCCACAGCCCCCCCGACAGCCCAUCCUUAGCCUUCGAGACUCCCGUGAAAAGGGCGGCGGUCGGUUUUGUCGACGGGCUGUCUCCGCGCAAGAAAUCCAGGAGGCACUGGUGUGCCUCUCAGAUAAAAUGGUCGCCGGGCUCCGGCGAUGAGCUGAAGGAAAACGAGGCCGUCCCCGUGAAGCCAGCGCCGUCCCGGAGGCUGGAUGUUUCCCCCCUGCGGGCAGCCGACGUCCCCAACGCUGCGCCGAGGGAGCUCUCCGGUAAAUCAUCCCCAGAGGCCGCUGCCGCCUACGGGCCCGUUGUGCCCGUGGUGUCUUUCUACAGCAAGGAGAAGCGGUACCUUACCCUCAUCGAGAGGAAACAGCUGAAUGAAAACCUCGCUUCCGGGGAGAGGAGCGGUGCUGAAAAUGCCCUGGCUGCGAGCAGGACCGAGAAGGUGAACACAAACCUCAGCAGGAACGCGAGCUCCAGGCCGGCCAGGCCUGCAACAGCUACCAAAACCGGCAAAACUGUCCCCAAAACUGUCGCCAAGGCAGUGAAGAAGGUAAAGGCAGACGUCCCGCCUGCGAAGCCCAGCGUGGAGAAGGAGAACGCUCCCUGCCUGGUGAAAAAGAAGAUGGAUUCGCCCUUCCGCGUCCUCAGCAUGACGGUGAAACCGGCCUUGAAGCUGCAGGCGGGGGCGGCCUUCUUUUCUGCCAGGAAGAGGUCGCACUCCAAAAAAGCACCCGGAGACCCCAAAUGUCCCCAGACGCCCCCCAGGGCCGCGCCAGGGACAGCUGGCACGUCUCGCUCAGCCCCCGCAAGCGAAAAUCCCCGGGUGGGUGGUACCCAGAGCAGGAUUCCUGCGCCUCAGGAGGGAGAGGAGGAGAGCGGGGAGGACUUGAGCCGUGGGGACGAAGAGAGAGGCGCAGCCUGUGAAGGAAACGUGUCCCUGCAGAGCAGGGGGGGCGCCCCGGCUGUUCCUUCCCACCCCUCCGAGCCUCCCGCUGCCGAGGACCGCGACGCGGAGAACGCGGGUGCUGAGGACAUCGCUGCUGCCCCGAGCCGGGAGUCGGGUGUCGACGUUACUCCUCCGAGCCGAUCUCCGCGCAAAGGGGACAAGGGAGGGUCGCUGCGUGACAAUUCCCCCUUUAAAAUUGCUCGGGAAAUGCCUCGUUCCGGGCAGAAAUCUGAAGGGUCGCAGCCCGCGUUGGACGGUCGGAGCUCUCCCUUCGGAUCCGGCCCGCCCGCGAAAGCGGCUCCCGGCCUGCAGAAGAGCAAGAGGGCGAAGGAGCGCUGCUCCAGGGACCAGAUGAUCAUCGAUGCCGGGCAAAAGCAUUUCGGCGCCGUCGCCUGCAAGUCGUGCGGCAUGAUCUACACCGCCGCCAGCCCGGAGGACGAAGCCCAGCACAUCCAGCACCACCAGAGGUUCCUCGAGGGGCUGCGCUACGUGGGCUGGAAGAAAGAGCGGGUUGUGGCGGAGUUCUGGGAUGGGAAAAUCGUUCUGAUUCUCCCAGCUGACCCGAAGUACGCAGUCAAGAAGGCCGAAGACGUGCGAGAGAUCGUGGAUAACGAGCUGGGAUUUCAGCAGGUUGCGCUGAGCUGCCCAGCCAAGACCAAAACGUACGUGUUUGUGUCCAACGAGAGGAUGAUUGUGGGGUGCCUCGUGGCUGAGUCAAUCAAGCAGGCGUUCCGGGUGCUGGCCGAGCCGGCGGCAGCGCAGUCCCCGGGGCAGGACCAGCAGCGGGCUUGGCGCUGCUCCACGCGGCCCGAGCCCGCCGCCUGCGGCGUCAGCAGGAUCUGGGUGUUCGGGCCGGCCCGCGGGAAGGGCGUCGCGCGCCGCAUGGUGGACGCCGUCAGGAGCACGUUCGUGUACGGCAGCUACCUGAGCACGGAGGAGAUCGCCUUCUCCGACCCCACGCCGGACGGCAAGCUGUUCGCGAGCCGGUACUGCCGCACGCCCAACUUCCUCGUCUACAACUUCAUUUACAGCAACUGAUUCCACUCGCUCCUUGCGGGCU